AUGCCCAAAGUAACCGUAAAAAAAAUUCAUGCCGUUGCAAGAUGGAAAUGGAUUGGAUCAUCAAUUGAUAAUAUAUGUGCAAUUUGUAAUAAUUCCUUAGAAAAUACAUGCACAAUUUGUAUAAGACCGGGGAAUAGCUGUCCUCCAGCUUUUGGAAAAUGUGGGCAUCAUUUUCAUUUACAUUGUAUGGAAAAAUGGAUAAGACAAAACAAAUUAACAUGCCCAUGUUGUCGAGCAGAUUGGUAUUACAAAACACAGUAA